AUGGCUUGUGUUCCAAUUUCGUCUAAGAUCCUGCUUGAUGCUAUGUUAGAGAAGGUUGGCCUUCCAGAGGCCACCUACUCAGCAAGCCCAAAAGAUGAUAGCCGUCUGCAAGUCACCGUUACCUUCUAUCCAAUCAAGAUCAGGCUCAAGGGUUCACCUGUCAAGGUUUCCCUUUCUACCUCGGACCACCAAGAUCUGGAGGAAGCUCAAGAUUAUGUAGCUGCUGUAGCAAUUAAGUACAUGGAUGCUUAUGAGGGCGUGGUUCCAAAAGACUACAUCUAUGAUCAACUGAAGGCUGUGGAAAAAACAAAUGCACUAUUGUAUGAGCAUCUCAAGGCAAUGAAGAGGGACAACACAUGUCUGAGACAGAAGCUAAAAGAGAGCAUUGGCAAAAACAAACUCCUGAGCAAAGGAUGGGAUGGAUCCCUGGACACAGAACAGAGCGUCGUCAACAAUCUUAAGCAUUUGGUCAGCAGCAGGAUGAGUCCAGGAUCUGCUCCAUAUGACCUAGAGCUUAACAAUGUUCUUCUCAAUGUAGAGGCCAACGGUGAAUAUCUUCAGCAGUACACCGAUGAGGCAAUGGUUAACCUUCAAGAGACUGGCGUUUAUCCGUAUGGUCAGGAACAACCAACAGAUGAAGAUGGAGGUCUGUCAACCCAAAGCGAUGGAAAUCCACCGUCACACCCAGAAUUAAGGACCUCAUUUUAUGAUGAGGAGAUCUUUGAUAACAAAGGGUGCUGCUCUAAUGACUUUCGUGCCCUGCCUGAAGAUCGCUUCUAA